AUGCAGCUGGAGAUGCAGGGUAUCAAGGACGUGCGCUGGCUAUCGCGUGGAGACGCCAUCGAUCGCUUUGUGGCCGUCCUUCCCGCGGCGAUCGUGUUACUGCAUGAGCAGGACAAGGACACGUAUCACAUGGUGACAAGUUUUAAGUUUCACUUCUUCUUGUUCUUCAUUGCAGACGUCCUGAAGGAGUUGAACGACCUCAACAGGAAAUUUCAGAGGCGCGCGGUGGACGUCACUCGAGUGUCGGGGAUGGUGGAGAACACCUGCGCGCAGCUGACGGCGUGCUACGUGGAGUACGGUGUUAACUUUGCAGAGGACAGCGACCGUCUCAGUGCUUUCCUGGAAGAACGCACGCAUCCCUCCCGCCGUGAAGUCAAAGUAGAGGGGAUGGACAGCGAAGGCAACGCCGUCACUCACACCUUCCAGUUGCACGAGCUGCCAAUCCCAGGCGUGGAGUCACCACCGGAUCUGGAAUCGUGUGUGCGACUUGCCACCAAGUUUGCGAAGGAAGUGGUUAGCCGCCUCAAGUUCCGGUUUAAGAGCUUGGGGACCAUGGUUGGUUCCAAGCUCUUUCUGCCCGACGCCUAUCCAGAUGGUGCUGCAAAGCGUGAUCGCAUCACUGGGGAGUGGUUCCGCUCCCUUCGCACGCUCUUCAAUGGCGAGAACUGUGCUUUGCCUGUUAAGCAGUGGCGUGGUGCAAGGCAGCAGCGCCCUGCAAAGGAAGUCAGUGGUGUGGCUAAGGGCAACAAGCGCAAGGGGCUGGCGGCAGAAGCAGAUGACGUGGCACCAGAGACAGAGGCAGCUGAGAAGGCAUACCCUGCCGUUAAGAAGCGACACAAGAGGGACAAGGUACCAGAAAGUGAUAGUGAAGAUGAUGGCCUGGAUGUCCGUGCAACGCUGACCCUCACCAGUGAUUCUGACACAGAGUAG